AUGGUGGAGUCCUCGGGCAGCGGCUCCAGCCGAGCGGGGCAGAGGAAGAGGCCGCACCAGCAGUCCCCCCCCGCUGGAGAGAAGGUGGCGGAGGAGGAAGAGGCUCCCCUUGGAGGGGGGCAGGCAAGAGGGGUCAGGCUCUGGGGCCUCCUGCGGAGGGGCUUCCGCCGGGCUGUGGAAAAGAUGAAGAGCGAGGAAAUGAAGACCCUCCACCUGAGCCAUGGCCUGCAGCAUCAGUGCCGCAUCGUCCUGGCCAGUCCGGUGUGCCACGUGACCUACGACCUGCAGAGAAGGGCCUUCGUGGUGCUGGACGCAGCCGACACGCUGCACCUGUUGACGGAGGACGGCUGCUGCCAGGGCAGCGUGAAGGGCCCGGCCCCCAUGAAGGGCAUCCUCUAUGCCUCCCACGUCAACCAGUUCGUGGCCUGGGACACCGGAGCCCUGCAGGUCCUGGACUCCCACUUCCAGCCGCUCUCGCAGAUGCCGUCCGCGCUGCCCAUCCGCUGUGGCAUCUAUAGCAAGCAGCUGAACCGGAUCGUGACUGCCGGAGAUGGGAACUUGACCCUCUGGAGCUUCCGUUACGGCUCCCGCAGCCUGCAAUGCCGGGCCAGCGUGAGCACUGGCCUGGGGCCCACUGACCGCUUUGCCCACCUGGCCUUGGACACGGGCAGCCCCAGCGAGCCCCACUGCUGCUUCGCCUCUUGUGCCACCGGCGUGGCCACCUUUGACAUCUCCAAGGGGAACCUCCUGGCCUUCCGGACGAAGCUCCACAGCAGAGAGAUCACGGACCUUGUCUACUGUGAAGCCAUUGGCUGUGUCAUCACGGCCUCCCGAGACACCACCAUCAAGGUGUGGAACAAGGAGUGGGACAUUCAGAUCGUCUUUGUGGGGCACACCGCUCCAGUCAUGGCUGUGACCAUCUACCCCCACCGGCCCCUCAUCUUCUCUGCCUCCCAAGACGGGACCAUCCGCACCUGGAACCUCAACACCGUGGACCAGGUAGACCAGGUCCACGUCUCGGAGCCCGUGGAGUCCCUGGACACCCACACCAAUUCGCACGUCUUCUCCGUCUCGGGCUGCACCCUCAACCUCUGGAGGAUCAACCAGCUCUACUCGCUCUACACAGCGCUGGGCUCCCCCGCCAGGCGGCUCAGCUGCAUCGACCUGGGGCUGCUGGGCAACUUUCCUGCCCGCAUCCUCUGCCUGUGCCAGGACUCCACCGUGCAGCUGCUGGAGGCCGACAGUGGCGCGCCCGUCUCCGUCCUCUCCUUGGACCAGUAUUCCCCGGCUCGGGAGGUGGCCUACUGCUUGCCCCGGGAGACGCUCUUUGUGCUGCUGGAGCAGGGCCACGUGCUGCACGUCAACGCUGCCCCCAGCGCCAUGGUGGUGAAGCGAUGCUUCAGCAGCAGCCUCUGGGAGUCCAAGCCCUGCUGCCUCCUGCUCUACAGCCAUGUGGUGGAGCCGGACAAGGCGUACGCCACGUGGCUGGACGUGACCCAGAACCAAGGCUACCGGAGAAAGUGGCAGAAGUCCACCCUCAACAUGCAGGACAGGAACAGAUUCCUGCCAAUUCUGGGACACAACAAUGGCUCCCUCAGUGUCAUAGAUUGGUUCUUGGGCCGAGUGCAGUACACGGUGGAGGCGCAUAACCCCCAGCGGGUCACGGCCCUGGCAGAGUACCCUGCGCAGAUAUGCCUCUUGUCAGCAGGUGCUGACCUCACGGUGAAGAUGUGGCGCCUCUUCCCCUACGCGGAGGAGAGCCUCCUCCCCCUGCUGUGCUUCUCCUGCGCCUCCCCUGCGUGGCACCUGUGCUUCCUGGGAGAGACCCUGGCCGUGGCCUUCCAGGACCCCGAAACAGUCACUUACAGCAUCGUCCACUACAACCUGCUGGAGCAGACGCGCUCGGAGCACGGACCUGAGGACGACGCCCAGGAUGACAUCACAGGACUCUGCUGCUGCCCAAACCUGCAGCUCUUUGCCUCGUCCAGCCGGGACGGGUCGGUCAAGAUCUGGGACCACAAGAACAGGCUGCUCCGCCACCUGAAGCUGAACACCAUCCCGGAGAGCCUGGCCUUCGCCAACCCCAAGGGGGACCUGCUGGUGGGCCUGGAGCAGCACCUCUACCUCAUCCCCCACACCAAGUACCUGCCCAGCUACUACCAGAUGCAGCUGCUGUGGGCCGAGUUCCUGGAGCCCCUGCAGGACGUCUCCUUGCCCAUCAGCCGCACCAGCUUUGAGGCCCUGGUGCGAGAGAACAACCGGCGCUUGAUGCAGGAGCUGCCGGUCAAGAAGUCGGAGGGCCCGCUGCCUGGGGCUCGGCUGGGCUGGGAGGCCUGACCUGGGGCUCCUCUGCAGGGCCUGGCCCAGCUGGCGGAGAGGAACCGGGACCUGCAGCUGCUGCAGGAGGGGAAGAUCAGCCCGGCCAAGAAGCGGCCCCUCUCCAAGGAGAUGCGGGUGGAGGCCUUUGAGCGCUACCUGCGCUUCUUCUACAAGGAGCAGCUCAGCCUGCAGAUUCCCAAAGAGGAUCCCUUCGACGCCGACGAAGUGCUGGAAUGCCUGGGACGGAUGGACCCCCUCGUGGCCCUCCGGGGACCCUCCAUCUCUCACAUGUUCCUCGGGGGCUUCGCUAAGCCCAGGAGCCUCGAAAUGAGCAGCUCCCUCUUUGUGGAUAUCAGCCCCUCCCUGCAUUUUGCCUCCUCCCUUGCAGUUCCUGGCAGCCUCCAGGUGAAGAGGAAGAAGGUGGAGGUCGCCACUGCCCCGUCCUCUGCCAGGAUGCAGGCGUCCCCCUCCCUGGGGAGGGCUGAAGCUCCCCCGCCCCCCGUGAUGCAGGAAGCCCCAAAGGCCGUCCGGUCCCUUUCGGCCAGAGCCAGCAGCCGGCAAGGCGUCCAGCCCGAGCUGAAGGGGCCCUCGGAGGAGGCGCCCACGCUGGCAGAGCGCUUGAGCCUGGUGAAAACGGUCCAGGCUGUGAUCUCGGUCUCCCCAGAGGGCCCUUCGUCCCCCAGCCCCUCCGGGCACUUUAAGAGCGAGAAGAGCGUGGUCUUCAGGGAACCGGUGUCGGCGCAGCCGAGCCAGGCGUCCGUGGCCUCCACCUCGCGUUUGAGGAGCCCCCAGCUGUCCGGCAUCGUCAAAGGCUUCUUUCCGGAGAGGCCCAGCAGCCCACAGGGGUCUCAUGCGGAGCUCAAGAGCCGGAGUCUCCAGCUGCCCAGAAUAUCCUCGGGCUUCAUCCCCAACUCGGUGGUCGUCCAGCAGCUCCACUCCAGCUCCACGGAGACAGAGGACCUGGUGAAGGUGGUCGAGCCCCAGGAGGUGUCGACGAGCUCCUCGAAGGCCAGUUUGGUGACAUUUGAUGAGGGUGAGCUGCCCAAGGAAGAACUCUGGCUGGUGGGCCAGGCGACCACGUCCAAGUCCCGAAUCACGCCAGCCAAGGAAGGUGCCCCCUCCACAAAGCAGAGCGUGCCUGGGGUCUUCCUGACUCAGCUGGAUGAGUCCCAGUAUCCAGAGCCGCAGCAGGCGAUGCCGGCGUUUGUUUGGCCCUUCGUGGACCAAGAGUGGUUCCAGGAUCUUUUCCCAGAGGGUAUCCGCCCCGAGAUGCCCUUGAAGUCCCUGGUGAGGAAGCUGCAGGAGGCGCUGGUCACCUCCGACUUCCACACCAAGACGGAAGUGCUGAGCGCCAUCAGCUACUUGGAGGACCAGCUGGAAGACAAGACCAAGAGGUGGAUCCAGUACACCCUGCUGGAAGUGCUGAACGAGGAAGGCAACACCCCUUCGCUGCAGGAAAAGAGCCAGAGGAGGUUCAUCCUGGCCGCCCUGCGCGUCCUCCUGGACCUGGACAAGGACAGCCUGGACUUGAUGGUGGAGCUGAUGACCUGUUACCUGAUGGCGCCUGCUUGCAUCAGGGCCGUCUUUAAGGACAUGUUCAAGGAGUUGGGGCUUCAGGACCCGCACAACUUCUUCUUCAAGGAGAUGAACUCCUGGAUGGUGGAGAUGGAAGACCCCAAGGAGGCCGUGCGGAAACGCAGCAGCCAGUGGCUGGAGGAGAUGAUCAGGAUUUUCCAGGAGCACAGAGUCCGCCUGUGGCAAGAGGAGGCCACCUCUGGGAAGAAGCCUUCCCUGGACACCGGCCACAAGACCCAGCAAAGGAAGAGGCUGGAGAAGAGCCACAAAAAAGCCACGAAGCUCGCUGGAAAGCCGGCCAAGGCUGCCCACAAGGAGGCGGCGGAAAGCGAGGAGGAGUGGCAGGGGAAGCACAGCGUGGAAGACUUCCAGAAGCCUGUUCGCCCCAUUGAUGCCAUCCAACAUUUUACGGACAAGCAGCUGGAGAGAGAACUGGAGGCGCUGAAAAAGGCCGUCUGUUUGAGAGCUGAUUCCCCCCGGGACACCGUCUUGGCGUUGCCCCCUCUUCAGAAGUCCAAAGCGAUUCUGCGCCUCGGAGAAACCAACGUAAUGCUGAGAACGAGGAUUGCUGAGCGCUUCUACUUCCCCUUCAUCUUCCCCCGCUACCUCAUGAAAGGCUUCGUCCCCUUCGUGAAGCUGCCUUUGCCGAAGGUCACCUUGCAGCCGUUUCCAUCCCUUUCCAAGAGCCCGGCAGCGCCAGGGACGUUCACUGCCAGGCAGCAGCUGGUGCACAAGUACUUCAUCCCAAAGUUCUCCUACGCCGACAGCUACCCUUGAAGGCAGGGAGGCCCAGGAUGGAGCCGAGGGGCUUCCAAAGCAGGAACCGGAGGGGUCCCGUGCUGAAGAGCCGGGGGGCACCAGCCUGGCACACGCCCGGGGGCUCCCACUGACCAACCGGGGGUAGCAACAAUCAGACUCUCCAGAGGCCUUAUAUUUUAUUUCUUUAAAGUGACAAGAACCCGAUUUAUGACACCCGCUAAG